GCUACCCAGAGCCAGACCCAUCGCGGCGGAGGGAUCCCGUCGCCUCCAGCUGCCUCCUCCCCCUUCUGCUUCUGCUUUUUUUUUUUUUUUCCUCCUCUCCUCGCUCUUUUGCGAGAAAAUAAUUUGACAGCGAUUUGCUGACAGCGGGAUUUCGUGCAUCACGGGCGAGGGAAGGGCGGCGCGGCCGGAGCCGCCGCGGGAGGCCGUGCCGGAGAUGGAAUUUUGUGACUGGCUGGAUUCUGAAUAGGGCAAGGAGAUGUGUCUGAUAAGUGCACUCGGAAAUGAAGAAAUUACUACCUUUUGACUUAAUGAUGUGGAUUGAAACAAAAACCCAAACCUCUUAAUCAGAGAAGAGAGUCCUCAGCUUGGCUACUUAGGAUCUACUGCAUGAUGAUGCUGUUGCUCUUCUGACAGACAAGUUGGACAUCUUCUGAACUAUUAGGCUCUGACUAAUUAAGUUUUUUUAAAUAUAUGAGCUCUGAUACAUCAUUUUGAGAUCACAGAAUGAGAACGGCAUGAAAUGUUAUGGCGAAGACAGCACAGCAAGAUACAACAGUCUCACAAGUAAUCAAAAAUCAGAUGCCUGGCACACUGAAUCUAUUACUGUGUGUAAGAUUUGCGCUGUGGUCCAUUUUUUGAAGAUGUGAAGCAACGCUGAGUCUGAUUGGAAUUACUGACAGACUGGAGGAAAUCUUAGUCUUUCUGUUGCACACGCACAUGCUGAAUUAUAAGUAAUCCUAGCUUCUCUUCCCUCCCCUCACUCCCUCACUCAGCUAUCUCAGGGUUCAUAGAGAUUUCAAUGGUUCACGUGCCUGUAAGAUUGGAAUAGAAGUGACGAAAAAUGGGGGACCAGCAAUUGUAUAAAACUAACCAUACUGCCAACAGCAAUGAGAACUUAUACUACCAACACCAAAUGAACUCCCUUCCAUCUCUAAAUCAUAGUUAUGGGACAUCUGUUAUAGAUGCUCCCCAGGCGUCCCCUCUCUCCCCUCACUUUCCCCAAGAUUCAAGAGACAGUAUAGCUUUGCCUGUAGGUUCAAAAAGUCUUGGGUCAAUGGAUACACUUAGACAAACAUGGACGCAUUCUGGCUCAGGAAACCACGUCCCAGUGCGGAACAAUUUGAGUAAUCAAAGCGCUAUGUGGAGCCCCCUUGGGCAGGGAGAAUCUCAUGAUGGAUACCAAUAUUCUUAUUCUCAACCCAGCGAAAAUCGAUCCCAAAAAAUUACCAGUGGGGUCCUGCAUAAGUUGGACUCUUUUACACAAGUAUUUGCUAACCAAAAUCUGAGAAUUCAAGUCAACAACAUGGCUCAGGUUUUACACACUGAGACUUCCAUGGCGGAUAAUUCUGGUGACAGCGCGCUCAGGCAGCUACUGUCCCAGAAGCCAGCAGUUGAGCAACAGCCUGUAACUUCCAGCAUACAAAGAUAUCAACCAGUGCCACAGCAGACGCAGAAUUUUGCAAGCACACAGCAAAAGCAACAAAUGCAAGUCAUGCAGCACCAACAGUUGUACUAUGACUACCAGCAGCAUUUGUCACAAAUGCAGAUUCAUUCUGCGUUUCAGCAAGGACAGACACACGUUCAACAAAUGCAGUCCCAGCAGCUCUUACCGCAACAGAUGCAGCACUUGCAGCAGACUCAGUACUAUGCUCAGCCACAGCAGGGACAUCAGCGACUCUCAAUACAUGAGAUCCAACAGCAGCAGCAACAGCCAACUCGGCAGCAGCAGCAGAGGCAGUGUCCGAUGCAAAUAGCUCAGUAUUACCAAACGCAGCCUGUCAUGCAGCUACAGCAACAACAGCAACAAAUGCAACUGCAGCUUCCUCCGUAUCACAGGGAGCCCGAUCCAAAGACUGUGCAUGAACCCCACCAGUACCCCCAGGAUCCAAGUCAUCCUGUGCAGCUCAUCCAGUUGGGAGCAGCGCCUCCGUAUUGCUAUCAGGAUCCGCACGAACAGUACAGGCAUUUGUACCCGCAGGGUUUGCUGCAGCAGCACGACCAGCAGAAGCAAUACACAAGUGAAGGCAGAGCUGCAUCUCUGAACUCCCACGUCGGCCUCACUCCACCGGGGACAGCUGAGGAUCCUGCGCGGUCAGAGGUCAAUUCUGCAGGUAACACUGUACCUCAUCGAACUCUUUUGCCAUCCUCAGGAGCACAUCUGAACAACAGAAGCUCUCAGCAAGACUCUUCCGGCCCUGGGUGGCCUCAGGUGCAAUUGUCAGAUGGCAGACUGCAGCCACUGUCCCCAGAACAAAGUGGCCUGAACAGAGAAACACUUCCCGAGAGAGCUGAUGGGAAGAGCAAGCUAACGUGCUCAGUAUGCUUGAAGGAGUUUAAGAGUUUGCCUGCUCUGAAUGGUCACAUGAGGUCUCAUGGAGGAGUAAGAACAUCUCCUAAUUUCAAACAGGAUGAAGGAGAGAAGCCACCACAGCAGCCGCUGCCUAAAGAGGUGGAUAGCCUCGCGCCCAUCGUCAUGCCAGUGUCUGUCCCUGUAAAGCUUCUGUCACCCGAACCCAGCACGCAGCCCUCUGCCAGCACUGCCACAGUCAAAGACAAGUCUGCCAGCUCUGUGUCAGACGAUGAGAUGCCCGUUCUCGUGAAGAUGACUUUCUCUCCACCGUGCAGUCCAAAAGUGGCCAACCCCUGCUCAUCCUCUGAAAUUAGCAAAAAACCUCAUCAAAAUGCUGCAAAAUUGGAAGAAAACUUCAAACCAUUACCAGACAAGAAGAAGUAUCGGCACAGACCUGAACCUCUCUUCAUACCUCCUCCUUCCUUCAACUUCAGCACAUCCCACUCUGGUGCCACGCUGUACCAGAGCCAGCUUCGCUCUCCCCGUGUCCUUGGAGACCAUCUGCUGGACCGAACACACGAGCUCCCCCCCUACACUCCGCCACCGAUGCUUAGUCCUGUUCGGCACGGGUCUGGUCUCUUCAGCAGUGUUAUCACAUCAUCUCACAGCGCCUCGCACACUCAGCUGCCGCUCACUCCACUCACACCAACUCCACGGGUGCUUCUCUGUCGGUCCAAUAGCAUUGAUGGAAGUGUAGUUCCAGUGACGCCUGGCCCUGGUGAACAGACUGUUGAACCACGAAUUAAUAUUGGGUCCAGGUUCCAGGCUGAUAUUCCUGAGCUGCAGGACAAAUUGCUAAUGGAGAAAGAUGUGCACAAGGCUACUCUGGUUUGGAAACCGUGGCCAGAACUGGAGAACAAAGUCUUCCAACAAAGAGUGGAAGACCUCUUAAAUAUGAGCUGUUCCAGCGUGUUACCUGGUGGAGGAACUAACUCAGAAUAUGCUUUGCACUCUCUCUUUGAGGCAAAAGGAGAUAUUAUGGUUACUGUUGAGAAGCUGCUGUUGAGGAAGCCAGUGAGAUUGAAGUGUCAUCCUUUGGCAAAUUACCACUAUGCUGGCUCUGACAAAUGGACACAUCAAGAAAGGAGGCUGUUCAAAGAGGCAUUGUCCACCUACAGCAAAGAUUUUAUAUUUGUACAGAAAAUGGUUAAGUCUAAGACAGUUGCACAAUGCGUGGAAUACUACUAUACCUGGAAGAAAAUCCUGCGCUGGGGACGGAAACACAGAACACGUUUAGAGAAGAAGAGAGAGGAAUGCAUGACAAGUGGAGAAGAGGAAGUGUUAGAGGAAGAUGAGGAGAUUGAAGAAGACAGAAAGGAAGAAAGGGAAAUGCAGAAGUCUCCUGACCCACCAGCUAUCCCUCUUGUUGGACCUAUAGACCUGCCUACCCUUCAGAGUCUUUCACUUUCUUCAUCCUCUUUCAUCUGUGAAAUGCCAAACUGUGGUGCUGUGUUCAGUUCCCGACAAGCACUAAAUGGCCACGCUCGCAUUCAUGGAGGUACAAAUCAGGUGACAAAGCCACGAUGCACCAUUGCAGGCACUAAGCAGAAAUCUGGUACACAGAGCGGGUACUGCUCCAUCAAGAGUUCACCUGCCCACAGCACAACAAGUGGCGAGACUGACCCAACAACAAUUUUUCCUUGUAAGGAAUGUGGCAAAGUAUUUUUCAGAAUCAAAAGCCGCAAUGCUCAUAUGAAGACACACAGACAAAAAGAAGAACAGCAAAGGCAGAAGGCUCAGAAAGCUGCAGUGGCAGCAGAAAUGGCAGCCACUAUUGUGAGAACUACUGGGCCAGCUGGGCAUAGUUUGAUCCCUCUGGAUCACAUGAGUUUGGUUAAACAUGUUGGAAAUGUCGGUGACAUUGAUGACGAUGUUGUUCAGGAGUUAGGUGGCGUCAUGGAAGAGAAUGAAGUCAUGGAUGCUGACCUUUUGUUGGAUGAUGAAGAUGCAGAUCUACUGCAGGAUGAUGCUGAGUUGUAAAUAAAGUUGUUUGAUAAAGACAGCUACUGAGCACACCCUGAAUGCAUCAGUCAGGGAACCUGGACUGUUCGUUUAUUCCCCACUGAUUGUAAACUACCUGAUGAAAAAUGAUAAUUCUUUUAUCCAGGUCCAGAAAAGAAAUAUGCUUUUUUCCCUUUUUUUAUUAAUUUGUGUUUCUGGGGGGAGGAAAUAAAUACUUGGUACAAAUAUUCUUAUAAGGUGUUUUAUCUGGGCUUAUUUUGCUGGUAUCUUCCAAGGCCAGUAAUCGGAGAAGGUCACGGUUCUGCUGUCAUUUCCCUCGGUAGGAUCUUUAGUCUUAAACUCUUCCAGGUUUCACUUUACCCCACUUACAAGGAUAUCUUCACACAUUUCUGAUGGAUUUUAUUUUAUUUUUUGCCUGCACUGGAUCACUUCCAGCAUCUUCUAGAAACUAAAUGUCAUUUUUAUUAAGGAGAUGAUUAUGUUCUUUUUCUUUGUGCUGUCAUUUUAAGGGAAGUAGAGAAAAAAAUCUGCUUUAACUGUGAAAUAAAUACAGGAGUGACUGUAUCAUCACCUUACCAUUUUCUGUAUCACAGUACUUUUUCAGUUCUGUCUUGCCUUAAUGCAUAUAUGUUAGGCAGUUCAUAAAAGCUUUGGUUACAUUGUACAUUUUAGAGUUUCAUUUCUAACAAGGCUUUGAUCUGCUGAUUUUAAAAUGACCUAAUUCAGGAGUUGAAGAAGGAUGAUUGUGCUGUGGUUCACAUCAACUCAUGGGAACACUGAAUCAAGAACACUGCGUUGGCAAUCAGAUUGCACAGGAAAUAUAUUUUGAUGUGACAAUAAAUCACAUUGUUGAAUAGCCAUGUCAGUGAUUUUAGGAACAUAUUUUUGAGCAUUGCAGGAGCUUACUCUCUUAGGCAAAUACAGGGAGACAUUCUUGUCUGUGGAACAGAGAUUGAUGGAGUAUAUGCCUUCAGCAUAUGUUAGUUAUUAUUUCUACACAUGAAGUGUUGUUCUUGUGCCAUUUUCAGUCUUCCUCAUUACAUCAAAUUCAGUGUUGUUUACUUCAUAAAACAUAUCCCAAAGGUGAGAUGACGCUGUUUAAUUACUGUUUCUCUUUCUUCAGGCUCAGAUCUACCUGCCUGAUGGCUAAAUUCACUUCUGUACAUCUGGAUUUGGUUUUCUACUUCAAUAAAAUCUAAAAACAGUUGUACCCUACAGAAUCAUUAGAAAAUCUAGAACCACGGGAAGAAGUUGAGUUAGAUUGAGUGGACCUUGAACAGUACAACAAGAGCAAUGAUUUUUGAACUUUCACAGGUAGUAGCACUGAUUUUCUUGUGAAUCUUUCACAGUGGAGGAGUGUUGCUAAUUUUAUAAAAUAUUUUAUAAGACUGACUUCA